AUCCUGCUAUGAUAGCAGGAGGACCGUCAAGAUGGUGAAGUUCGGGCUUCAGUUUAAAGCGACCCUGGAGAACGUGACUGAUGUGAGACCACUGGGGGAGGAUUUCCGAUGGUUUCUGAAGCUUAAGUGUGGGAACUGUGGCGAGAUCCCAGAUAAAUGGCAGUAUAUAAACCUCCUGGAAAGUACACCGCUGAAGGGAGGGCGAGGAAGUGCCAGCAUGGUGCAGAAGUGUAAACUUUGUUCCAGGGAAAAUUCAAUUGAUAUCCUUAAAGACACAAUCAAGCCUUAUAAUGCCCAGGACAACGAAAGCUUCAAGACCAUGGUUCAGUUUGAGUGUCGAGGCCUGGAGCCCGUUGACUUCCAACCACAAGCUGGCUUUGCUGCAGAAGGAGCAGAAUCUGGAACAAAGUUUCCUGAAAUCAAUCUGCUAGAAAAAGACUGGACGGACUACGAUGAGAAGGUCAAGGAGUCGGUGGGAAUCUACGAGGUCACACAUCGUUUCAUCAAGUGCUGAUGACAUGUCACGAUGAACGAAACACCACAGCUGAACAUCCUCACAUCUGUUCACAUCUGUUUACUGCUAACACUCUUCAGGUGGUGUGUUUUUUUUUUUAGUUUUUUUUUUUUAAUUCCGUUGCCUCAAUAAAAUUGAAAGUUUAA